UGGUCCACAAUUUACAUGAAAUAUUUAAUAUAAAAUAUUUUUAAAAUUUUAAACGAGCCAAAUAACAUUAAAUAUAGUGAUUAAAGAGAGUGAAAAAACACGUAUAAGUAAAUUGUAAGAUACGCUAAUGUAAAAACUUUUGUUAAAAUCUGUAUUCUUUGAUUUUGAGUGUCAAUUAGUAGAGGUAAUUUACAGUUUACACUAAAAUGUUCAAUUACGAGGCAUGUAAAAAAGAAUACCUCGCAAAAUUGGAAAAAAUGCGUUUUGUAAGAAAAAACUGUCCACUUAAUGAGAAAAGUAAGAAGGAACUGAUUUCACUUGUUAAAAAUAAAACCGGCCUAGACGCCAAAUAUGAGGUAAUUAUGCACAAUAACAAGGAGACACUCAUAUUAAAAAGAGUCCCUGGUAUGCCUAUUGUAGAAGUUUUACAAGCAACAGAAUGUUUUGCUGUAAUGGCAGAAGCACAUUUACUAGAAGAUCAUUCACCCUGUGCACAAAUGGAGUUAUUUUUAAAAGCAUUCUAUUCCAUUCCCACAAUUCUUAUCGACAUUUUUUUACACAGUUGUAAUGUGUGUAAUUUAAAUGGUACUGUAAAAAAUAAAAAAAAACUUGAAAUAGAAGAAACAUCAGCCCAAAAACUGAACAAAAUGUAUACAACUGAAUUUACUGUUUACUGUACAAUUAUUCCGAUACAAAUGGCUUCAGAUAACGGAUUAUGUUAUGUCAUAGUAUAUGUUGAUGCUUGCACUAAUUAUGUUGUUUUAAGAUCAACAUACUCAAGAGGCCAUCAUGUAGUUGCCUAUGAACUAUUGAAGAUUUUUCUUGAUUUUGGAAUACCACAAUACUUAAAAGUAUAUUAUGGCGAUGAAUAUUAUAAAACUAUAUUGGAAAUUUUAAAUACUACAGACAUAUUUUUACAAUUGCCAGAUGUUAAGUGUAUAAAAAGUAAAAAAGCUAUUGACUGGGCAACAGUAAAUUCUAUUUCGCUUCUCAAAUUAUGGGCUAGUGCUAGUAACAGUCCUAAUUGGGCCAUGGGUUUGAAAGAAGUGCAGUGGCAGUUAAAUCGUACCAUUGACAAUAACAUAAUAAAAUCAAGAAAACUGCUUCCUUUUCAAAUUAGGUCUCAAUAUCACGCCCAUUUUGGUUUUUCGUCAAAUGAUCAUGUUAUCAAAAUCACCAAUAAAUCAGUUAAAAUUCAAUCUAAUCAAACUAAUAGUAAAAUUCUUACUUUUAAUGAUCAUUGUUUAAAAUGUAGAGAAAAAGUUUAUGAUAUAUAUUAUAAAAGCUGUGUAGUAUGUAAACAAAAAUGUCAUUUUAAUUGUUGCGUUACAAAUUCAAUUCAAUUAUCACCAAAUGUGUACAAAUUGGAAAGUAUUUGUGAGUCUUGUGCAGAAUUUGUAAAACAGACAUCAGAAACACAAAGCGCUGCCUCAACAUCAAGUGUUGCCAUAUAAUUUAACAUAAAUGCAAAUAAAAUAUAAGAAAAUCCUAUAUGAACAUAUCUGGGAAACCAAAAUAACUGAACAUACUAUUAAAGUAUGUACAAUGUACGAUGCCUAUGUACAAUGCAGCUUUUACUGCAAUCUUGGUAUAAAUCAACUCCAGAAUCAGCGCUGUUGAUACUGACCCCUGGCAAACUUAUUGCUUACAGACAAACAUACCAUGAGGAAAACUGUUAAAAGUAAUGGUUAUAAGCAGAAGAUUAUCAGAACAAAUGACUCCCCAGCAAUUUGUGCACAUAGAACCUGACACAUGAAGGUAUGCAGAAAAAGCCCAGAUAGAAGGAAAAGAACAGAAGAAAAUAAGCAGUCUUCACCCUUAUUUAGGCUCUUUUGUAAUCUGUGUUUCUGAGUUUUUUCAUCUGGAACCUUUAUUUUUUUUUUAUCAUCAAGACUGGUUUUGAAAUUGUUUCUAGUGAUGGAUAAUAACUCAAUAAAUGACCACAUUUUACUAGA